AUGCCGAUCAUCAAGAACUUUACGCUCCCAAGCUCAGCUAAGAAGUUGAUUCUGCCUAACGGACCAGAAUCGAAACUGUUCGUCGCCUUCAUUGCCUCGCCCGACCCUAUUACAAAGCAGCCUUGGUGUCCGGACGUCCGCGCUGUUUUGCCAUAUCUCAGCAAGGCAUUUGCCGGAGGUGAUACGCCAACUGUAGCACUUGUCGAGGUUGGACAGAAGCCUGAGUGGAAAGACCCGCAGAACGACUACCGAACAAUCUGGGGCAUCAAGGGCAUUCCCUCGCUAGUACGCUACCAGCAAGUUGACGGAGAGGUCACUGAGACGGGAAGAAUCCUGGAUGAUGAAAUUCUGAAGCCAGGAGGUUCAGAAAAACUAUAUGCUUUUAUUUCCUAG